GCAGCGGAAGCGGAAGCAACACGGAAAGCGGAAGCAACGGAUUGAGCGGCAGACAAGACACACAACGGCAACAACGGCGGCCAGAAUUUUUUCACGUUUGGAUAGCGUCGAGGAGGUGCAACGCAGUCGCAGUGGCAGCGCUGUUGGCAUAACGCAAGGCACACCUGGCAGUGGCAGUGGUGCAGUGGCAGUGGCAGCGGCAACGGUGGCAGCGGGUUCUCCAGCCAGAGCUGGUGGCCAACAGCAACAGUUGGCUUCAGUUACAUCAUCUGCAGCGGCAGCAGGCGGAGUGGCAGUGUACGGUGCUGUGGGCGUUGGCGUCGGCGUUGGCGUUGGACUCGGCGGUGGUGGGGGCAAUGUUGCUGGCGGAGCACGUAAUCGCAGCGCCAGCACAAUACUCGAGCUAAGUCACAACACACUCCAUCACACUCGCAAAUUCUCUAGCGGCAGCGGUGUUGGCGGUGUCGGCGGUGUUGGAAUUGCCAACAUUCAAGCACUUGGCGUUGGUGAUGUGAAUGGCUAUGGUGACAACGCAGCAGCUGCGAAAUGCGAUACGUAUAACGGAGGAGUCGGAGUCGGAGUUGGAGUCGGAGUUGGAUUGGGCAGAGGGGGAGGAAGCUUAGCGCAGGAUAGAAACACUGGAUCGAUUAAUGCACCAGCCACAGCAGCAGCAGCGACAGCAACGAGUGCGAAUAGCUUGGGAAUAACAUUGCGCGAACGUUUGUCCAUCAGUGGCGCAUCUGGCGAAGCAGGAGGAGGAGGAGGAGGAGCAACUACUGGUGGCUCAGCACCAACGAUAGGAAGUGGAAGCGUGCCGCAUUGCAAGCGCCAGGGCAGCUUCUCGAAUGUAUUCUCAAAGCUAAUCGAUGGUAUGCCCGCUGGCACAAUGUUCGCCAAGUUCAAAAGCGCCAAUGUGGCGGCGUCCACGUCCAUGCAGAAUGUCGCCGAGGGCAAUCCCAUUACGCAGUACUUUGAGAUUGGCAAACCGGUCGCCUGUGCCGGGCCAGAGCUCGUCUGGCGCAUACACGAUGGCUAUCGCAAGAGUGACAACAAGGAAUGCUCCGUGUUUAUAUUCGAGAAGAAAGUGGCUGAGAAACUGCACAAGCCGCGCCGCAAGGAGACAAUUACGGAGCUGCUAAAGAGCUCGGUGAAGACAUUGGAACGCUUUCGUCAUCCACGGAUACUACAAAUCUAUCACACGGUCGAGGAGAGCGCGGAAACUUUGGCUUUUGCCGCUGAGCCCAUUUUCGCCAGUCUUUCAAAUGUGCUGGCUUUUCAUGAGUCGAAAACGUAUGAGAAUGCCAAUGUGGCAGCCGCAGCGGGCGGCGUCGGUGGCGGCGUCGGUGGCAGCGGAGGAGGUGCUGGUGUCGGUGCUGGAGGCGGGGGAGGGACGCCACAGGGGCAGGCGGCACAGGCGGGAGGACAGCCACAACGACCGGCCCAUGCAAAGGAAUACAACUUCUUGGAUAUGGAGCUAAAAUAUGGAUUCUUGCAGCUAACGGAGGCAUUGUCCUAUUUGCACUAUUCCGGGCACGUAAUUCAUCGAAAUGUGUGUCCAUCCUCUAUACUAAUAACCAAGCGAGGCAUUUGGAAACUCGCCGGCAUGGAAUAUGUGGAAAGAAUGAAUGAGACUGAUUUGAAUAGCUCAAUUCCGUGUCCACCAUGGAGCAACAGGGUAUCAAAAAUGGCGCAGCCCAAUCUCGAUUUUAUGGCACCCGAAACACAGACGAGCUCCAAGUGCAGCCUGCUGAGCGAUAUGUUCUCAUUGGGCAUGGUCAUCUGUGCGGUGUACAACAAUGGACGACCUCUCAUCCAAGCGGGAAAUUCCACCUCCAACUAUGCCAAGCAACUGGAAACGCUGGAUGACCAUGUGCACAAGUUGAUGCCGAGGCUGCCCAUCGCACUGCAGGAGGCGACAUCGCGCAUGGCCAGCCGAGAUGCAACAGCACGACCCACCGCACAGUUGCUGCAGUUGAUUAAGUACUUUAUUGAUCCGGCUAUAAAUGCGUUGAAAUUCCUGGACGUGGUCAACAUGAAGGACACGCAGCAGAAAUCGCAGUUCUACAAGACAACCUUGAUUGAGGCCAUGCCGCUGAUACCGCGAAAACUUUGGUGGCAAAACCUCUGGCCCAUGCUCAAAUCGGAGAUCAACAAUGGCGAAGUACUCGCCGCUGUGCUGCAGCCCGUCAUGCUCUUCGUCCAGGAGGCGACGCACUCCGAAUACGAUGCCCUCAUGUCGGCCACAAUGAAAAUCGUCUACAAUACACCAAAAUCCAUACAGGCAAGCGUUACGAUACUCGAGAACUUGCAUUUGAUAAUUGAGAAAACGAAACCCGAAGAUGUCACCACAGACAUAAUGCCGAUGCUCUUCUUCUCCUUCGAUGGAUCCACAAUUCAAGUGCAGAGCGCCGCAGUUGUGGCUGUGGCAAAUGUGUUUGAUAGCAUCGACGAGUUGUCCAUACGACGCAUGGUCCUGCCAAAGGUCAAGCUGGUGUUUGAGAAGAACAUUACGGAUCCGAAGAUAGUGCAGAAUGUGCUGAUGUGCAUUGAGCGUGUCAUGGACCGCAUGGAGCGUGCCCAGGUUAUGGAGGAGGUGCUGCCAUUGCUGGCGAAUGUGCGAAUACCGGAUCCAGAUAUUAUCAUGCGUACUGUGCGCAUCUACCACAAACUGUUUGCGGACAAAUCCUAUGGCUUAACCGUCGAAACGAUGGCCACCAAUGUCCUCCCGCUCCUCAUUCCGCACACCGUCAAUCCGGCUCUCAAUUUCGAGCAAUAUUGCUAUCUGCUGGAGGUGCUGCAACAAAUGCUGGAGGCCAUCGAUCGGCAGCAGCGCAACAAAUUGAAGCUGGACAAUCUGUCGAUGGCAUCGCCGGAGCGACAUCGCACACUGCGCCAUCAAUUCUCGACGGACAACAUGAAUGCCCCGCCAUUCAAUAUACCCAAUUUGCGUAUCGAUCAGCGCAAGACAUCCAGUGCCGAGGACAUGGCGCGCAAGAAUUCGGGCGGUUCGGGCAUGCUGGGUGGCUGGUGGUUUGGCUGCUCGCCAUCGUCGCCGGAUAGCAAUUUCCUGCGCGUCGGCAAUGUGUUUCCCAAUCGACGGCUCUCGGACAACACGCUGAUGACACCAAAGAUACGGAUCGCACCCUCGUGCGCCUCCUCGCCGGGCGGCACGCCAGGCAGCGGUCUCCCCACCCGUCGACACUCGAGCAUUGGACCCCAAGAGCGACGCGGCUCCACCAUCAAUUUGUCACCGCCAACUUACGGCGCUCGCGGUAGCUCUGGAUCGAGUCUAUCGGUGCCCUCCACCUCAGCCUAUGUUAAAUCUCCUCUAUUAUACUCCCAAAAACAGGGUGGCUCCAUGCCCAACACAUCGAGCAGCGUUCCAUUUCUACUGUCGUCGAGCAUGCAGUCGAUAAGGUCGCGAAGGACAUCGACGGUGCUGUCAUCGGGUCCGCUCGGCUCCGGUUCGGGAAUAUUGCAACAGUUGGGAUCCGGCAUGUAUCAACUAUUCUCCGGACGUAAUUAAAAGAACAAUUUCUAUAUAAAAGAAAGCAAGAAUGAAUGAAUGAAAGAAAGCCUAUAACAAAAAUAUAUAUUUUUAAAUGCAAUUUCGGUCCAUUAAUGAAACACCAGUAAUCAACUUAUAUUAGCGCUAUAUGUAUACAGAUAAUUAUAUAUACACACGGAACAACAAAAACAUUGUAAACUCACAGACAAAACAUAUACGAUAUUUCAAUGAACUCUAAAUGUUAUUAGGCAACAAAUUUGAUGUCAUCUGAGCAACAAUUAAACGCAGCAAAAAACAUACAUAUUAAAACUAUUUAAAUGUAAUUAGAAAACAAAACAAAAAGAAAAGAAAAGAAGAAAAUUGUGUCAAACACAGACCACGAACGACAACAGCAUACACUCACUUAUGCCAUUAGACGGAUCACCUCAAUCAUUCAGAUGCAAAAUGCAAUCAGUUAUACAACACGUAUUUAAAUAUAGUACACAUAGAAUAAAAUUAUAUAAUCCUAAUGAUGACAGUAAUAUUUUUCGAAUUAUUUAAACAGCGAAACACACAGAUACAUGCAUACUACAUACAUAUCUACUCGUAGCUUACAUCAUAGAACACCGGAAUACCGUUGCAAUGCACCUUCCAUGAGUCCAGUUCGGUUAAAUAAAGGGCGAUCCUAAAAGUAUGCAACACUUUUUGCGCAAAUUUAUCGCCUUGACUAGCAAAUAUGCAAUCAUCCUAAAAGUAGGCUCCUAAAAUUUAAUUCUUGUCUGUUGCAAAACAUUUGGAAGCAAGCAUUAAGAAUUCGAUAUUUAUAUACCUUACAUGCAUACAUACAUACAUAUAUACGAAUGAAAUCAUGUACCUAGAGCGUACCUAGAACAGAGCAUAAUACAAAUAAUUUGGCCCAAGGAAGCAAUCAAAUAUAAAUAUAAUAAUAUAUCAUAUACUAUUCAAAUAUUCUUGUUAUCGGAAUCAUAGUAAACACAAUAUUUUUGAUGUCAUAAUAGAACACAUAGCUAACUACUCGUAUAUACAACAACAACUAUGCCCCAAUGAAAGUCUCACAACAUAUACAAAAUGGUUUAGAAAACUACUACUAAGGUGAAUACACACACAGUUAUAAACGAUUCACAAUCUCCGAGUCCUUAAAUGGCCAAAAACAACUUCCAACUGGAAUGAGAGUUCGUCGAGUCUAAAGUCAAUUUGCAUAGUUUGAAUAAUACUUAUGAGAAAGAAAAUGAAUAUAUUUGAUAUAUUGAGAAAUAUCAUGAUUAAUCUGAAGCAAAUCGUUAAAUACUUAUGUAUGUGGAAAACCCAAAACUCUUAAAAAGAUUACAAAAAAAAGAAAAACAAAUGAAUAUACUAUUGACAGCAAUUUAAACAAUUAUUAUUGUUGUAGUAGUUUUAGCUUAGUCAACUCUAAUUAUGAAUUUAUAUAAAAAUAUAUAUGUAUACACAAAAGAGAACUUCUCCUAUACCUCCUAACUGAAACCUAAGAUACAGUUACAUACUCGUAUGAUCUGUGCUCUGUGUAAUAUCCAGCAGAACAAUACGAACGGGACAAUCAAAAUUCUACUGACGCUCUUACUUUAUGUAUUGAGUUUUAUAAUCUAAUGACGAAUUUACGUUGUUGUUGUUGUCAUUGUUAUUUUCACGUCAUGUCUGUUAAUUAUGUUUUUCCUAAUGAAUAAGAUUAAUCCAGCAAACAAUCAAACUGCAUCAUGUCUGAGUUCCAGCUUUGAAUUGAGUUCGAUAUUAGUAUUUAAAUGGUAUGGUUUGUGUUUUGUUGUAUUUGGGGUCAAUGAUGAGGCAUAUCGCUAUUAUUUAUAAUUAUUAUAUAUCUAGAGUUUAAACAUAUAAAUAUUAGAUUAAAUUAAUUUUAAUUAAUGUUUAUGUAAAACACAUGAAAACAUAACAAAAAGGGGAAAACCAAAAGCUCAAACUGGACUGAACAUUUAAGAAGAAUUAAAUAAUGAUUAUUAAUUAUUAUGAUUAUUACUAUUAUAAACAAGCAAAACGAUAAUAUUAAAUGGGUAUUUAUAUAUGUAUGUAAAUCUGAUUGUAUGUAUGUAUGAUCAUUCCCAAAUUUUUGUAUGUGUGACACCUUAAAAAAACCAAAAAUAUUAUACAAGUAUAUUAACAAAAGGCGUAUCAAAUCAACUCUGUCUCUUGUGAUCUAUUGUGAUGCUAUGAGAGUCCAAGCAGCACGCAAAACUCUUUUAAUGCCUGUUAAAGUUUUAAACAUAAUUCUAUACUCUAUAUUCUAAUACUGUACUCUACUCUUAACUCUAGUCUAUGCUAUAUGCAAUACAAUUUGGCGGAACCUGCUUGGGUAACGAGAAAUCUUGAAAACAAUCAUGCACAAUAAAAAGAUAAAAAAGAAACAAAGAAAAUAAUAUGAGAAAGCCAAAUUAAAUUAAAAUAAUUCAUAGAUAUAUACAUAGAUACUAAACUAUAUAUACUUAUAUACUCUUUCAUAUACACUAACUACUUCAAGUAACAAAAGAAUUGUGUGCCCCGCCCUUUGUUUUUAGAUUUUGAAUGUGCUAACAAAAUGUUUAUACCACACACUUAAAGUAUGAAGUACAAUACUUAACUUACGAUUAUGAUUAUGUAUGUAAUUAUAUCUAAACAAAUACGUACAACGGACAAGACAUUCAAGAUGCAGCAGGCAGUCUCAUUACCAUCUAAGUAGCACUCAGAUUGAGCAACUUUCAACAGUUUACAGUUUAAGGAUACUGACAAUGUACGCGUACAAUUUAACUCGAUAAACAAAACCAAUUGAAUUUAAAUGUUUAAUAAAUAUGUGUGGAAAUGAAGUCA